AUGCACCUUUCAGAUGUUCGCGUUUCGACUGGAGCAAAACAAAAAUAAACCUUAAUUUUGUUUUCUUGUGCGAUGCAUUGCGAAAUUAAUUCCGCCGCAUAAAAUUCAAUACUAACUCACUAAAAAGUUGCGAGGUUCGAUAGCUGUUCAAUUUAUUUAGCUUACUUGACCAGGCAGUGAAAAAGCAAAGAAUACAAAGAUAAGGUUGUCUAUUUCUGGUGCAACAUUAGAAGCAAAAGAAAUCGUUCCCACCGCGUGAGGUAUAUUUUAGUAGAAGCAGAGGUGACGGGGACAGUCAUUGCACCGAAACGAAGUAUCGAAAGAAAAGGAUGAUUUUUGUCCAAAUUGCAUUAUUUUGACCAUAAAAGGAAUUCUCCAUAUUCAGUAUUGUUACACCGUUACGUAACUUGUUGUAAACGCGUAUGGCGAGUAAAAUGUCCCGUUUGGAAGUGAUGCUUGCCCUGCUGCUCAAUGUUGGAAUAGGGAAAACACCGCCAGCAGUUGCAGCAGCGUCAUACAACGAUCUACCGGUUAGCAACAUUCCCAUCUACAGCGAUGGGAUCUACUUUGAGAACCUGAAGCCGGUGAAAAUCCAGGUCAGCACUUGGACAUUGCAGGCGGAUUACGAGCUGAAGGAAUUCAUCGGCGAAAUAUCGGUGGCCAAUAGUAGCGUGGACAAGCUGAUCAAAGCUUGCAACGAAAUGAUGAAAAAGUUUCCCGGAAGUUGCGAAAGCAUUGGGAAUAUCGUCGAGUUGACGAGGGAGUUGAACGACUUUCAAAGUUUGCUGAACAGCCUGUGCGAUGACAAGAGGCGAACCAAGAGGGGCAUUUUGAAAUCGUGGUUCGGCUUGAUGGAUGAUAAGGAUCGAGAUGAAAUCGACGAAAGUUUCAAGAAGGUUGACCAUCAACUUGAAACGCAGUCCUCGAAAGUUGAACACUUCUUCGACUCUACUAACAAAGCAAUAUCCGUAUUGAGCGGUAACAUGUUUCAAGUGGAUCCAAAGAAACCUGGAACGAUCGAUUACAGCCGAGAGGGACAACUGCUGAUGAUGGACAUUCUGCUGAACAAAAUUACUCGGAAGAAGGAAUUGUUCAUGAAGCUUUUGCAGUCGUCAAGUACGGUUUCUUUGAGUGAUGACAUUGUCAGUCCCACUCGGUUGUUGAACGAAAUCGAAAAGCUUCAAAAGAUACUGCCGGAAGAUUUCACCUUUCCGGUUCAGUUCAACCUACGGGACGUCAUCAAAUUGUAUCCCCUUUCCAAGGUGGUUGCAUAUGUGGACGACUGUAAGCUGAAGGUCAGCAUCCUGUUGCCACUUUGUAACAAGGUACAGUACACUACCCUCAAGGGUACAAGUGUCCCCAAGAUGGUGGACGGUAUCUUGAAGAUGUUCCCUUUAGAAAACGACGUGUUGGUUUACAACAAAGAACAUCAUCUCGGUAUGAUCAUGAACUAUGAUGAGUACAAAAGCUGCAAUCAUCUGAACGACUUUGCCCUAUGUAACACUCAUCAUCUCAUCAAGAACUUGACCUCGGCGGAAGAUUGUAUCGUAACGUCGUUCUUCAAUCGUACAACCGCCGAUUCAGAUUGUCGCGUUAAUCGCCUUCAGCUUCGCCAUCAAAUAUGGAUCCAACUGGCCGAUCCCAACCGCUGGGUUUAUGCCGUCCCAAAUCGUACGAUGAUCGUGGUCAAUUUUGGGCUCGGAAACAGCAAAAAUAUCGAGCUCAGUGGAGUCGGAAUGCUCAAACUCACCCGGAUGUGCCACGUGCGAUCGCAAGAUAUCGUUCUCCAGUACAUACCCCAACUGCGAGGCCAGAUGGAACCGUACACACUUGGUUUCCAGCUUCCAGCAGUGGUUACCCGAGAUCAACCGAGGAUAAUAUCGGCCAGUGACAAUAAUAAGGUGAUCCUCGCUGGUCAAAAUACGGAAACGGCACUACAAGAUCGAACCCACCUAGCCGGCAUUCAUUACGAGUCCAGCUCAUCAUUCUCACCAUGGGCCAUCGUGGGCAUCGUCUGCGGAGUGUUCAUUGUGACUGCCCUGGCCGUGCAGGUGUACUUCAAAAUGGUCAACGAGAAACGCCGCCAGGCGCUGGUGCUGGCCCGAAUGCAACAGCAGGAGUUGGCCAAUCCGAACGAAAGUUUGACGAGCAACAACGGGUCGCCAAACAACUCACAGGUGGCGUUUCUCCCCGGGCGGGAACCCACAGCGCCACCGUACGGAUUCGUAAGUAAUGCCUAAGGAAUGUGUGCCUUUACAUCACCGUUAUCUAAGGCUCGUAUUCCUUUUCAAUACGUAUGUCUUCUUAUUUUCACCAUGAAUUAUAUAAUUAUGAAUAGGAUUAAUAGGGCUGUGGUUGAAGAAUUCGAGUCACAAUCGAGAGAGUUUGCCUUGUCGAGAAACGGAUUGUUCAAAUUUUAGGAUUAAAAUUACCAUUUUCACAAUUCAUAAAUACAUCUAGGCGGAUGGAGUUGUAAUGCUUGUUAAGCAAUUGCACAUAGAUAGCAAUUUCCUAUCUAGUUUUAGCUUUAGCGACUCUUUUAUGGUAAAAUUUUGAAUUACGGUUUUAUUGGCAAGUCGCGUAAUCAUUGUAGUAUAAAUAAACAUAUGCAAUCACUGAAUUCGAAAAGAAAGACAAAUAAACUGAAGUGUACCAAAGAUUAACGAAUGUGUUUGAAAAAGGUAAA